UAAUGUUUGUUAUUUAAUGUUAUCUUACUUAAUUUAGUAAAACAGUCGUGUUAUUAAGUGUUCAGGAAGUUAUCAAACAAAAAUAUCAAGAUGUCGGAAAGAGUUCACUCGUUUUCAAUGGGUAGGGAUUUGCAAAGACCCAAAUCCAGCUCGUCAGAAUCAGAUGAUUAUUUCUAUUUUACAAGACCUGCGGGCAUUUCAUCAAAAUGUGGCACAUCUGGAACUCCAAUUAAGCUAACCUCCAACUAUUUCGAGAUUAAUGAGUUGCCAGACUUCAAUUUCACACAAUAUCGUGUUGAUUUUGAACCUGAAUUAGAUAUUUCAAAGAUCAGAAAUGCAUUUAUUGGACAGCAAAAGGCAGUCUUAGGAGGUUAUAUCUAUGAUGGCGCAAGUGCAUUAUAUUUGACAAAGGAGCUUAAAGAUGAAACUAUGAAGUUUGUGUGUACUUCUCGCGAAGAAAAACAGUACAAUUUAGUGAUCAAGAAAACGAAAAAUACAAUUUCUAUGACAAGCAAAAUGGGAAUGAUGCUUUUAAACGUAAUAUUGCGUCGUGCAAUGAGUGGACUAGACCUACAAUUGAUUCGCAGAGAUCAUUAUGAUCCAGAAGCAAGAAUUAUGCUUAAUGAUUACAAACUUGAAUUAUGGCCAGGAUAUGUCACGUCUAUUCGAACUCACGAGGAUAAGAUUCUUUUAUGCUGUGAAAUAUCUCACAAAGUUUUGAGACAAGAAACUGCUUUGGAUGUUUUCCAUAGAUGUCGACAAGAGUCGAACGAUGCAAAGACUGCAUUUAAGAAGGAAAUUAUUGGAUCAGUUGUCAUCACUCGCUAUAAUAAUAAAACUUAUCGCGUUGAUGAUGUCGACUUUUCGAAAACAGCUUCCUCUACUUUCGACAUGAAAGGUCAGCAAAAGUCUUUCGUCCAAUACUAUCAAGAACAAUACGGCAUCAAUAUAAACGAUAAGAAUCAACCAUUAUUAAUUACAAAUCCAAAGCCUCGUGAUAUUCGUGGGGGACGUAGUGAUGUAAUUUGUCUAGUUCCCGAGUUGUGCAACACAACUGGAUUAACUGAAAACAUGAAGAGUAAUUUUCAAUUGAUGAAAGCAAUGGCUGAUUAUACACGAAUGGAUCCAAGAAAGCGCGUCGAACGAUUAAUGAAAUUUAAUGAUCGUAUAUCAAGAACUCCAAAAUCUGCUCAAAUAUUUGAACAAUUCCAAACACAGUUGCAAACAAAACUUGUUGAAUUGACAGGACGUCAAUUGAAUCAGGAAAUUAUUCUAUUUGGCAAUGGAAAGUCUGCAAAAAAUGAUUUUCGUGUUGAUUGGACGAAUCCAAUGAAAAUGAACGAAAUGUAUGCAAAUGAGCCACUGCAUCGAUGGGGAAUAAUUUUUCCAACUAGAGCAGCAAAUGACACAUAUACUUUCCUUAAAUUGCUGGAAGAAGUUGCACAUGGAAUGAAAUAUGACAUGAAGGCACCAAAAAUGAUUGAAAUAUCUGACGAUCGAGUUGGAACAUAUGCAAGAGAAUUAGAAAAUUUCGUUUCUAAGGAUCCAAAAUUUGUAAUGACAAUCGUUCCGAAUGCGAGUGCUGAUCGUUAUAGUGCAAUAAAGAAGAUUACAUGUGUCAACAAUUCGAUUCCAACACAAGUUAUUGUGCAAAAGACAAUGCAACCAAAGAAGGGUAAUAUUGGAAGUGUCAAGUCAAUAGCAACUAAAGUUUUGAUUCAAAUUAAUUGCAAACUUGGUGGAUGUGCAUGGAUGGUCAAUAUUCCAAUAAAAGGAUUAAUGACAGUUGGAUUUGAUGUCAGUCGUGAUGCUUCAGAUAAGAAAAAGUCGUAUGGGGCUUUUGUAGCAUCAAUGGACUUGAAAGAAUCGCCAAAGUUCUUCAGCAGUGUUGCAUCUCAUUCUGAUGGAGAAGAAUGUUCAAGGCAAAUCUCUAAUCAUAUGAGAAAGGCAUUAAUUUCGUACAAGGACUUGCAUGGAUCUUUGCCAUCAAGAAUUUUGUUCUAUCGAGAUGGGGUAGGCGAAGGAGACAUCGAAAGAGUUCAUACUCAAGAAAUUAAGCAGAUUCAAGAAGCCAUUGCUAGUAUUUAUCGUGGAGCUCAAGGUGAACCAAGUUUUGCAUUUAUUAUCGUCACUAAGCGAAUCAACACACGAUUCUUUGCAUCAAAAGGAUCAAAUCAUGAAAAUCCAACAUCAGGAACGGUAAUUGAUUCCGUUGUAACACUUCGUGAACGCUACGAUUUUUAUCUUAUUAGUCAGUCAGUUCGUCAAGGAACUGUAAGUCCAACAAGCUAUAAUGUAAUUUAUGAUGAUUUGGGUUUAACACCAGAUAAAAUUCAACUUUUGACUUAUAAGAUGUGUCAUCUUUACUUUAAUUGGUCUGGAACUACAAGAGUUCCUUGUGUCAUCCAGUAUGCUCAAAAGUUGGGUGUUUUGGUAUCACAAUAUUUACACCAGCCCCCAUCUGAAUUACUCAAUAAUUCUCUUUACUUUUUGUAAAGAUUUUCAACCUUAUUUCUUAUUACUUUUAAUUUUGUUUUUGAAAAAACUUUUUUACAACUUUUUAUGUUGCUUAUUUUAAGACGUCAUGCUUAAUAAUUUAUAUUACUUUUAUGCUUCUAUUGAAGUCUUACAAAAAUAUUUAAAAUAUUAACUUACUACUCUACUUACUCUUCUGUAGAAGACCUAGAAAAAAAAAAUAUAUAACUUUAUGAAAAAGAACAUACAAUGAAUGAAAAAAAUAAAUCGA